AUGGCAGCCCCCGCUCGCAAGUUCUCCAACAUUCGUCGUUCCAGGCCAUCGUACAGCUGUGAAAAUUGUCGAGCGAGAAGAGUUAAAUGUGAUCAGAUUCAUCCCAAAUGCACCAAUUGCUCUCGGAAUCAGGUAGACUGUGUCUACGCGGAUACAAAUCUAAAGCGUAAAAGCCCUUCUGGAGACAAGGAGGAUGAAUGUUCCGUCAAGGCAGUGCGGCGAAAAGUUGAAGACGACAAUGCCGGGUCCAAUCAAGGAUACCUGUUGCUUCAGAAUGGUGGUCGUUCUAGGUAUAUAGAGAAUACGUUUUGGGCAUGCGUGGACGUGAAGGGUCUGGAACUCGAGUCUCUUCUAUUCGAUCUCCCGCUAUUUCCCCUCGAAGAUAUCUGUUGUACUGCUGGCCAAGGGAGCCACGACAACACCUCUCUUCAUCCAUGCCAACAUUAUAUUGGUACGACCGAGCCGAAUUUUUCUUUCUGGGCUUCUCGACGUCCGACCGGUUUGCGAUCAAAUGCUCCAAGCCUCUCGUCUAUGCUCUCGGCAUUGCCUCCCCGAGAAACCUGUGAUUUUUUCUACGAAAACUUUCUCGAAUGCGUCCACCCGCUUAUUCCGCUAAUACAUAUUACCACGUUCGAUUCCCGAUAUCGCCAAUUCUGGGACUGGCACAAGAACUGGAAAGUCGGAGACGCCCCAGACGGAAUCCUGUUAGAAAAUCCGAGCUUCCUGCCCUUGUUACUCACAGUGCUCUUCACCGGUUCUGUUGCACGCUCAAAAAUUGACGUGGGUCUCAAUAUGUGCCCGCCGCUUGAGACGCAGAAAAGGCUCUAUCAGAUGAUACCACUAGCAUUGGCUAUGGUUGGGUUCCCUCACAGCCCAGCUAUAUAUUCGCUGAUGGCAUUUAUACUUCUCAAUUCCAUGCUCAUUCGAGAAGAAGAAUCCCUGAGUUCGUGCUCAUUCGUGGCUGUAGCAUUUCGAAUCAGCCAAGCCAUGGGUCUUCACAAAGACGGUACGGACUUUGGCCUGGAUGAUAUCCAAACUGAAGAGAGGAGGAGAGUGUGGUAUCAUCUAUUGCACCUUGAUGUCAUGACAAGCAUCGUUUCUGGACUACCCCUCGUUGCCUCGAGCGAAAUGUUCAGCAAUACGCGCAUGAUUGGCGAGCUACGAGAUGAGUAUAUCGGCAAGGUGCAACUGACAAAAGAAGUCGAUUGCAGCCCGAUAAUCGAUUCCAAUUAUAUCCUCACAGCUGGCCGCUAUGACUCCACCUCUUGCAUCCGAAGCAUCCUCCUGCGACAAUUCUCCCCCAGCCCGCUAGGUCUUAGCGCCGUCAAGAACAUGGAACAGACAAUUGAGGAGUUACAAACUCGAAUGGAGGAGCGCAUCAAGCGGCUCAAUUCGCAGUCUCGUGAAGAACGAACCAGUGCUUCUUCGAGUCGUUCGAACUCGGCUCCCCCAACAGCUUCUGAUAAUGGCGAUGCACAUGUUCUGAAUCUUUGGGGAAGAUCACUACUGAAACUAAUGGUCGAAAAGGCUUAUUGUCUCUUGUACCAGCCGACUAUGCGAGAUUCAAAUCUGUGGAUGGAACUACGUGCCAAGGCCAUUCCACGGUUCCAAUCGUUCCUAUCGAUAUUUAUCGACAUGAGCUCUACGGAGUCCUAUCUGCCGUUCCAAUGGCUUUAUCCAGGAGCCUACCAGCCUCUCCAACCAGUUGCUGUUCUCCUGAUUGACCUUUUUCAUAACCCUCAUUCUACAGAAGCUCAAAAAUCUCGAAGGCUUCUCGAAAGAACCUUUUCUCUUCUGGGCCCUGAAGGCCGCAUCACGAAUGGAACUUCACAUGUCGCCUGUUGGCCAGAACAGAGACAUGCUUCAGCCGGCGCCAAACAGGCUUGGAUGAGAUUGGAGAGGUUGAGGUCGAGAGUGUGGCAGAAACUCGGUCUGGACUCGAGUGUGCUCUGG